AUGGUUGAAUCGAAAUGUAUCGAGGUCGACAACGCUCAAAGUUCAAAUAACGAGACAAAUCCCAAGCUGAAUAACGAGCAGUGGCAGGCAUUGAUUGCUUUACACCGAACUCUGCUGCAUGAACACCAUGAUUUCUUCCUUGCGUCGCAGCAUCCUUCCGCAAGUCCGGCAUUACGUCGGCUUGCAAGCAAGUACGCAAUGCCGGCUCGUAUGUGGCGUCAUGGCAUUCAUUCAUUUUUGGAGCUUUUGCGUCAUCGU